CAGAGCCAUACUAUUUGAGAGGAACCUUCAAUUUAACCAAGAUGUCUGUGAAAAUAAUUGCAGUUUUGCUCCUACUGCAGCUGAGUGGUUUCUUUGGUUCUGGGAGCUGUGGAAAGGUGCUGGUGUGGCCAGUGGAAUUCAGCCAUUGGUUCAAUGUAAGGACCAUCCUAGAUGAACUUGUGAAGAAGGGUCAUGAAGUGACUGUUCUGAGACCUUCAACUUCCCUUUCUCUGGAUGUUGACAAGACAUCUGCAAUUAAAUUUGAGACUUACCCGACAUCAUUAUCCUUCUCUGGCACAGAGGAAUUUUUUGUGGAAGCACUUAGGAAAGCCAUUUAUGAACUGCCCAAACAACCAUUUUGGAAAUAUUUUUCAAUGUUUCAAGAAAUUUUUGGGCUGUCUUCAGAUUAUUAUGAGAAUCUCUGUAAAGAUGCAGUUUUGAACAAGGUACUUAUGACAAAAUUACAAGAAUCAAGAUUUGAUGUCAUCCUAGCAGAUAACUUCAGUCCCUGUGGUGACCUGCUGGCUGAGAUUCUCAAGAUACCUUUGGUGUUCACUCUACGCUUCCUUCCUGGAUCCACAUAUGAAAAGUACAGUGGUGGACUCCCACUGCCUCCUUCCUAUGUGCCUGUUGUUCUCUCAGAACUCAGUGAGCAGAUGACAUUCCUGGAGAGGGUGAAAAAUAUAAUGUACAUGCUUUAUUUUGAUUUUUGGUUCCAAAUAUUUAAUGAGAAGAAGUGGAAUCAGUUUUACAGUGAAGUUCUAGGAAGACCCACUACUCUGUAUGAGAUAAUGAGCAAAGCAGACGUGUGGCUCAUUCGGACUUACUGGGAUCUGGAGUUUCCUCACCCCACCUUACCAAAUUUUGAUUUUGUUGGGGGACUCCACUGCAAACCUGCCAAGCCUCUGCCUAAAGAGAUGGAAGACUUUGUCCAGAGCUCUGGAGAACAUGGUGUUGUGGUGUUUUCUCUGGGGUCCAUGGUUGGCAACCUGACAGAAGACAGGGCCAAUGUGAUUGCAGCAGCCCUUGCCCAGAUUCCACAAAAGGUUCUAUGGAGAUUUGAAGGGAAGAAGCCGGACACCCUAGGCUCCAAUACUCGGCUGUACCCGUGGAUCCCCCAGAAUGACCUUCUUGGUCAUCCAAAAACCAAAGUUUUUAUUACACAUGGUGGAACCAACGGCCUCUAUGAGGCAAUCUACCAUGGAAUCCCUGUGGUCGGCAUUCCCUUGUUUGGUGAUCAACCUGAUAAUGUUGUUCGCAUGAAGAGCAAAGGAGCCGGUGUUAGAGUGGACUUCCUUACAAUGUCAAGUUCAGAUCUGCUCAAUGCUGUGAAGACAGUCAUCAAUGAUCCUUCCUAUAAGGAGAAUGCCAUGAGACUAUCAAGAAUUCACCACGACCAGCCAGUGAAGCCCCUCAACCGAGCCGUCUUCUGGGUGGAGUAUGUCAUGCGCCACAAAGGAGCCAAGCACCUUCGGGUGGCAGCCCACGACCUCAGCUGGUUCCAGUACCACUCCCUGGAUGUGAUUGGGUUCCUGCUGGCCUGCAUGGUGACUGUGACAUUCAUCAUCUCAAAAUGUUGCCUCUUUUGUUACCAGAAGUUUGCUAAAGCUGGAAAGAAGAAGAAAAGGCACUAGCUGUAUCUACACCUGAAUUUAGGAGGUUUCACAUGGGCCUCUUCCAGUGUAUCCCAGUAAGGUGGGAUGGUAAUCAUGGGUUCCUUCCACACAUGAACAGGCAACCUUCACUAAUUAUUUGUCAAAUCUCAGGAUGUUUUCCCAGAUAAGUAAUUUUGUUUAAGAACUAGCAGUAUUUCAGGCCAAAGAGAAAUUUAAAUUUAAAAAAUAACAACAUAGUCAACAUUGGCAUAUGUUGGCAUUUUAGGAAUUCACUUUUACAACCUAGAAUUUUUACCAAAAGAAAAAAAAUCAGGGCUUGGAGAUGGCUCAGGAAAGACAGACUAAUUGAAUUUGAACAUCAAGAAAAAAUAAGUGUAAAAGUGAGACACCGUAGCAUAAAAUAAAAUGUAAUAAUAAAAUAAAACAAAAUAAACCUGGAAAGCCACCCUAGAUGGGAGUGAGAGGCAUGAGGAUUACCUGGAGCUUGCAGUGAGCUAGCCUGUUCUUUACAGCAGUGAACAACAAGAGAGAUGCUGCUUCAACAAAGUGGAAGGCAAGAAAUCACAGUGGAGGUUUUCUCUGGCCUCCAUCCACCUGUUGUGGAACACGUGUAUCCAUACAAACACACAUAUGUAUACACACACACACACAAAUACACAUACAUCAAAUACAUUUUAGAGUGAUCUUAGGGGUUUUUUGAUACAAAAUCAUUAAGAAGCCCACUGUGAUUCAACUUUGCAAAUAUUCCACAAGCUUUAACUUCAUUUCUAACAGAAUUUUAUAAUUUUAGUUUCAAGUAAAUAUUCAGUAUUGGAGUAAUAUAAAUAUCAUUUGUAUUUAAAGAGACAUAUCAUUCUGUUUGGAUCCUGCAGAACACCAAGCCACAGCAUGAUUUCUUUGUAAAAUAACCCUGAAAGGUAUUUGUCCUUAAGUCUAAAGUCAUUUUCAAACACAAAGUGGAAUUAAAAUGCACUGAUUUAUAGUUGCUUUCUUCUAUGAA